AUGGCGGCACGGCGCGCAACAUUUCACCGAAACCGGCGCCGGCGCCUUCGCCCCCAGAAUGCGCGCGCACAAGGAGCGGGCGCGAGUACGACCCCUACCAAAGAGGAGAUGUUUUUGCGCCCCGAGGAGAUGUUCCGGAUGGUGACGAUGUUAGAAUACGAGAUCGGCAAGUAUGAACUUAUCUCCGAGCGCGAGAAGGAGGAGGGGAGGAACGGGGGUGCGGUGUUCUACAACCGGACGACAGGUGCAAAUAUGAUUGCAAGCGCCUGCUUAGACCGCACGAAGAAGACGUUUGAAGGCAUCCCCUUCAUGCAGAAGGGUAAGAAGGGCGGGAAGGGCAAGCAAGGGUGCAAAGGCCUUCCUUUCGAGGAGGAGGAGGAGGUCGGUACCAUCAGCUCAACCAUCAGUGCCUCGAAACCGCCGGAAUCGCGCCGUGAGACGAGACCUGCGGGCUCAGAGCGUCUGCGUGCAGAGGUAAACGCCCGUGCUUUCGCUCUACCCGAAGGCCGACGCGGUGUCCUCACCUACUCCGCCAUCUUCCAUCCGCACUUCCAGGACGUGGCCAAAAGAAUGACCUUCCAAAUUGAACAACCUAAGGAUGGAGAGAGCACCAAUGGGCCGCUAGAACGCGACGCGACACGUGGACUGGUCCUCAUUUCGCCUCGUAACAACGACCGGAGCAACAUUCGCGAGAUGCUUGAAGCUUAUGGGAACGAGAUGGUUUACGGAGACGUCCAUGUGACAUCUGACUGGACGUCAGACGCAUGUCCCAAGGGCACCAGGGGUCUCUGUGUCGGGAAAGGGCGAACAAACGGCGAAGCGAGCGAAGAAUUCUGGGCGAGCUUUACAACAAGCUAUGCACUGGACGUUCAGAGGAAGGGUCAAAAGCCAAAUGAAGCUGCCCUCCAUCAAGCUCAGAAGCGACUGCCAAAUUGGGUUGAGGACGGAACUCCGUUUUCGAAACGGCGCCGCGACGACGACGACGGCGAUGUCAAAUACGGGGCCGACGUGGAAGCGCGAGCGAUCAAACGACGCCGCGAAUAUCACGAGCGCAGUCAAGGCGGCUCGGAAUCCCACGUCGAGACGGACGGAGAGGACAAGAUGGAGUACGAUGACUAG